AUGGCUUUGGCUCGCCGGAGUUCCAAUCUCCUCAAGCCUCUCUCCACCGCCUCAUCCUCCUCUUUCCUCCACCGCCGCCCUUUCUCCACCGAUGACUCCACCACCAUCACCAUCGAAACUAGUGUCCCCUUCACCGGCCACAACUGCGAACCUCCGUCCAGAUCCAUCGAUACUACUCCUAAGGAACUCAUGACUUUCUUCACCGAUAUGGCACUUAUGCGCCGUAUGGAGAUCGCCGCCGACUCUCUCUACAAAUCCAAGUUGAUCCGAGGGUUUUGCCAUCUGUACGAUGGACAAGAAGCUGUGAGUAUAGGGAUGGAGGCUGCGAUUACGAAGAAGGAUUGUAUAAUCACCGCCUAUCGUGACCAUUGUAUCUUCCUAGGGCGUGGUGGGACGCUACUUGAGAGUUUUGCUGAGCUUAUGGGUCGUCAAGGGGGUUGUUCAAGGGGGAAAGGAGGUUCGAUGCAUUUUUAUAAGAAAGAUGCUUGUUUCUUCGGAGGACAUGGGAUCGUUGGAGCUCAAGUUCCGUUAGGAUGUGGAUUGGCGUUUGCUCAGAAGUAUAGGAAGGAAGAUCAUGUCACUUUUACCAUAAUAAUCACUAUGGUAUGGGUACAGCUGAAUGGAGAGCUGCAAAGAGUCCUGCUUAUUACAAGCGUGGGGAUUUAUGUUCCUGGAUUGAAGGUAGAUGGAAUGGAUGCCUUUGCAGUGAAACAAGCUUGCAAAUUUGCAAAAGAACACGCCUUAAAGAACGGACCCAUUAUUCUUGAAAUGGACACUUACAGGUACCAUGGUCACUCUAUGUCUGACCCUGGUAGCACCUACCGUACCCGUGAUGAAAUUAGCGGUGUCAGACAGGAACGUGAUCCUAUCGAAAGAAUAAGGAAGUUGAUCCUGGCUCAUGAUAUAGCUAAUGAAAAAGAACUGAAGGAUAUAGAGAAGCUAGCUAGAAAAGAAGUUGAUGAAGCCAUUGCCAAGGCAAAGGAAAGCCCAAUGCCAGAUGAGACUGAACUUUUCACCAAUGUUUACCGUAAAGGAUAUGGGGUUGAGUCUUUUGGAGCAGACAGGAAAGAGUUAAGAGCUACACUCCCUUGAUUUCAUAAUGAAAUCAUUAUAAUCAAAAAAAUAUUCUGGUUUAAUCCAACUCAUCUCUUCAAUACCAAAACAAAAAUAAGAACACAGAGAGAUGGAGUGAAUAACAAAUUUAUUGCUGGUUUUUUAUUUUAUUUCGUGUGUUGUGUUGUGUUGUGUUGAUGGCAAAAAAAACAGAAAAAGUUUUGACAUGAUUCUUUUGGGCCUUGUUUCAUAUACCUUUGACAUGAAAAACACAAUAGUUUUUGUGAAGGCUGUUGAACAUGAAGCUAUAUCUGUUAUGAUAUAUUUUUGCAGGUUGCCUGCAAAUUUAUUUGGCAUUUUUGUUUUUUUGCAAUUUGGGGUUUGUUGUUUGUGUGAAUUACUAAGUAUUUAAUAUGCUAUGCUAUUAUGG